AUGAUGUACAACGGCGAAGAAAUUUGGGACCCGGACGAGCGCCGACGCAUCGAGGAGAACAAGUCGUGGAAGCGCUCGGACUCCCCCACGGAGGCGUGGGACAUCGACAAGGAGCGCGACGCGGUCAUGUACAAGCGCGAAUCGCUCGAGCGCCUCCUGUCGAUGACGCGCGACGACGUCCCGAAGGUGGAUCGCGCGGUCGUCUGCGGCGAGUGCAAGACGCGCGUCUCGCGACGAAGCGACGAGGGCGAGAAGGACAAGGCGUUCUUGCACCGCAGGCAGUACGGCGAAGGGUUCGUCAGCCUCGGCGUGUAUAAAAGCGCGGACGUGGACGCGGUGGAGGACUCGCCGGAGGACGCGCGCGCGUCGCAGUGGUGGCCGCCUCGGCGAGCGACGAAGUGCCGGUGCAGAGGGUGCGGGUGCGUCCUCGGGUGGCGGGUGUCGGAUAACCCGCAGGAGAUCAUCACGCGAAGGCUCGUAGAGAAGCUCGACGGCGUCGAACCGAGCGCCGCCGCGGAGACGAGCGGCCGCGGAUCAUCAUCUCCGCCGUCGCCGGGGCUGCCCCAGUUCGGCAGCCCCUUCGGCGCGUUCCCCGGGGGAUCGCCCGCGUUCUCCGCGCCGCCCUUACCGCCGCUCGCGCCGACGGACGCGGAGCGCGCGGCGUACCCCGGCCUUGAGUCCGGGCUCGCGCGAAGCGAGCGGUUGGGCGCCGCGCUGAUAAAGCGCGAGAACGAGGAGCUCCCGAAGGUGAGGGCGUGGGCGAGCGAGCUUCACGCGGGGGCGUAUUCGAUCAGAGGCGCGCCGACGCCGUGCGCGGAGGAGAGAGAGGCGUGCGUGAAGUGCUACGAGGGUCACGACGGCGACGGUCUGAAGUGCGGGCGCGAGGUCGCGGCGUACGACAGGUGCGCGCGCGCGGCGAUGGAGGCGUUCGCGUCGGGGAAGACGGGCGCGGCCGCGGGCGCGACGACGCGGGAGGCGGCGGACUCGUCGUCGGACGACGACGACGCGGCUUGA